AUGGGACAUUACAUUACCUUGCCUCACGGGAUUAAGUAUUGUCACAAAACAUUCGGGUUAUGGUCCGGGUUCGAUUUACCUCACGGGGCUCCGGCUGAACCCAAUUCUUCGCGACGUCGGAAGACUCGAUCAAUUCGAGCAGCAGAGUACAGGUUUUGGCGCGAGGAUUCAAGAGUUUUGGAGGGACAAAACAAUGAGGAAGGCUGCUGGAGCCAACACCGCCAAGACACUUGAGAAGCUAGAGAAAAGUGUGCAAGCUGGGAAGUAUUAUGAAGCACAACAGAUGUACAAGUCUAUACAUACGAGAUAUAUUACAGCUCAAAAAUAUGGGGAAGCGUUAGAUAUCCUCCAGUCUGGUGCUUCAGUCCAACUGAAACACAACCAGGUCACUUGUGGGGCUGAACUUGCUGUUUUGUUUGUUGAGACACUUGUCAAGGGGAAAUAUCCAUUUUUGCAUGAAAAUCUUGAUCGUGUCAGGUCCAUAUAUGCUGAUUUCCCUCAAAUUGCUCUGCCACACCACUUAAUGGACGAUGAUGAUGACAUGCAAAAGCUCUCAGAGGCAUUGGUUGCUGCAAAGACACGUGUCGAGGGAUGCUCAUCAUUUCUAAAAGCAGCCAUUAGGUGGUCUGCAGAAUUUGGUGGUCCUAGGAGGGGAUCUCCAGAGCUGCAUGAUAUGUUGGCUGAAUACAUGUACUCUCAAUCUCCUGAACCGGAUAUGGUGAAGGUAUCAAUGCAUUUUGUUAGAGGAAACUGCCCUGAGAAGUUUGCUUCAAUACUGGUGAAUUUCAUGGGCAAGUGCUAUCCUGGAGAAGAUGAUUUGGCCAUUGCUCGAGCUGUUUUAAUGUACUUAUCCUUGGGGAACUUGAGAGAUGCUAACUUCCUUGUAGAUGAAAUGAGAAAGCAACUAAUCUUGAAGCAACUUGAAUUCCCAUCUACAGAACUGAUGACUUUUGUAAAUUAUCUCUUGCAAACAUUGGAGCGUGAAGCUGUACCACUUUUUAAGAUACUAAGACAAAAAUAUAAGAGCAGCAUAGAUAGAGAAUCAUUAUUUGAUGAGUUGCUAGAUGGCAUAGCUGAACGGUUUUACGGAUUACAGAAAAGAAGUGGUUUACAGGGCAUGUUUGGGGACUUUUUCAAGAUGAUGGGAGGUGAAAUGGUAGCAUGAGUAUAUUGAAUUUGAUAUCUUAAGUGGCGCACUGUACAUGAAAGGAUUUGAACUCGAAACUUUUCCAUUGGCAAGUUUCUGUUGUUGCUGACUAUCACGCUGGACCAAGAAGACAUGCGAAGCUGUCUCAGUAAGGGUUGCUGUUUCAAUCAUCUGAUGAGUCAUGGUUCGGCAUAUGGAUCAACCUCUUGUAUUUUGAAUUCUAGUCAUUUAAUUAUGUGAGCUUUAAGCAUGAAUAUAAUCCCCAUGAUGGCGGCUUAUUUGGCUUGCUAUGAAGUAGGCCGCAGUUUCCUUUAUUAGCGAAACCAGCAGGAAAGAAUUCAACCACUAUCUGAUUUCUAGUCGUUACUUGUCUAACACGAUCCAUUAAACAUUGGUUAUUACUCUUUAGAGACA